AUUAAAUGGGUAGUGAAAAAACUUUGUGUAUUAUUAUUUUAAUGUAUACACCAUACAUGAUACAUACAUUACAUCGUAUGACCGUAUGGGUACCCACCUACGUUCAACAUUAACAUUAUUUACUAGCGUUGUCCAACAGUCGGUGGUAACUGGUAGUCAUCGCGAUUAAUAGUAAUAUAUAUUAUAAUAAUAAUGUAUAAUAUCGCAAACGCUCAAGAUUAGAAUAUGUUAUUGUUUUGAAUUGCGUAUUUGCGUGUUAUCCGAUCUCAAACACAUAGCAGGCUGCGCUCAUCGCGGUUUUAAUAUUUAAUAUUGUUAAUAUUAUUUUAUUUUUACUUAACCAGGCGUUAUUGUUUAAUUGUUCUAUUAUUUUAUCCACCGUUAUUCGCGUAUUGAUUCUAACAUGACGGUUUUAUCGAAAAAAAAAUCUCAGGCCCUGUUAGAAGAAUGUGAACCGUCAUCGAGCUCACACGGUCAUGCUUUACCUCAUCCAACAACUCAAGCUCAUUCUCAGAUAAAUGCAUUAGAUGAACGAAUUAAGUCUCCUCAAAGAUGGUCUGUAGAAAAUAUUGAAAAUGUUUUAGGUUCAAAACGUAGGAUUCACCAUAGUCCCCUUAGAAGUACAAGAAAUAGUAAAGGACGUGAUAGAGACAAUAGACCAUCUCAAAGUUCUGGUACUUGUCAAUGUGGAGUUACUGACUUGAAUGGUCACUGCAGUUCAGAUAAUUGUGGUUAUAAUAGUGAGGAUGAAUACGGUGAAAUUCCAAAGCAAUUCAAUGAUUUGGAAUGGGCUGAGCAAGAUCGCAUCUUUGAAAAAAAGUUGAAAAAAUGUGAUCUGGUUUUGAAACAAAUGAAAGAUGAUGGUGCGUGUCUGUUUAGAGCUGUAUCAGAUCAAGUAUUUGGUGACCAAGAUAUGCAUGACAUAGUUCGUAAACAGUGCAUGGAUUAUGUUUCAAGUAAUAAAGAUUAUUAUAUGCAGUAUGUUACUGAAGAUUUCAAUACAUAUAUUGCUCGCAAAAGACUAGAUCGAACUCAUGGAAACCAUGUAGAGAUACAUGCUAUGUCUGAGUUAUAUAACCGUCCAAUUGAGGUUUAUUGUUAUGAAAUUGAACCAAUUAACAUAUUCAAUAGAGCUAAUACAUCAGAGUCCUCUAAUCCACCAAUUAGAUUAUCUUAUCAAAGAGGAAGUCAUUAUAAUAGUAUUGUAGACCCACAUAAAGCAACAAUUGGUAUAGGUUUAGGAUUACCAAGUUUUUCACCAGGUUCAGCUGAUAAAAAAUUAUUAACUGAUGCUGUUCGUCAAAGUGAAGAUUAUUUGUUAGAACAGACUAUGUUAGAAGAUAAACUUAGAGCUACAGAUUGGGAAGCCACAAAUGAUACAAUUGAAGAACAAAUAGCGCGUGAAAGUUAUUUACAAUUUUUAAAAGACAAUGAAAAAAGAAAUAAAAAAGAUAACGAGUCAUCAGCUACGUCAACUGCAACUUCUGCAUCUAUUGUCAAACCAUUUCAAUCUCGAACUUCCCCACCAAGAUACUCAGUUGGACCUAAAACCCCACCUAAUUUAUCUCCCUGUAGAGAUCGUUCAGAAAUAGAAAAUCCUACAUUUGUUACAUUACCUCCACAUCUUUUCGGUAUGUCUAAGUGGGAAGAUAUUGAUAUCUUAACAAAAGUUUUGGCCACUUCACAACAAGAGUACCUUGACAAUUUAAAAAGACAACGCGAUGAACUUAAAGAAGAAGGAGAUAAGAAAUACUUGUAUGAUACAGACAAACCGUCUACUUCUCAAUGAAAUUUUAAACAAUGAUAAUUUCAUAAGAUAUACAUUAUGCAUUAUUGUUAAGAUCAACAAUUUUUUUUUUUUUAAAUUAUUAUUUUAAUUCACCAUGAGCCACUAUUAUCCAAUUCGGGUAGCCUCAAAAAGUUAAUUUACUGUUUAUAUAAUUUUCAUUCAAACUAA